CCUCGCGGGCUGGGCAGGGAGCAGAGCUCCCGGGAACGCACUGAGCCGCUUGUCCAUCUCCCAGCCUCGUCCCCUCCCCCCGGCCCAGAAGCAGCCGCUAGGCUCGGCCAGGCAUGAGUCCCGCUUGAAGCAGCCGGGCCCACCCUCUGGCUCCCACCCCGCGCCGCCCCUCUGCAGGAGGCUGCCAGCCGAGCGGGGCGCAGGCGGCAGCAGCAGCCGCAGCCAUGGGGCCAGGAGGAGGCGGCUGCUGAGCGUCCCGCGCCGGGACAAGAUGGGGGGACGUUAGUAGCGGCGCAGCUGCUGGGGCAGGAGCUCGGCGCACCGUGGCGGGAGAGCGAGGGCCGCCCCGCGGCUGGGAGCUCGCUCGGAGCAGUCAGAACCCAGAGGUAUGGCUCUUCGGCAGCUGUUGCUUAUUCUGGCACUGGUUUGUGCAAAUGAUUCUCUUUCUACAAGCGAAGUUAUUUUGGGACGGCCACAAAUCAUCAAGUGCAGAUCACCUGAACAGGAGACAUUUUCAUGUCAUUGGACAGAUAAGGAUUUUCACAACCUCACUACUCCAGAAACAGUACAACUGUUUUAUAUGAGAAGGAAUGAUGAAGAAUGGAAAGAAUGUCCCGAUUAUGUAACUGCUGGAGAAAAUAGCUGUUAUUUCAACACAUCGUACACCUCUAUUUGGAUAACUUAUUGUGUUAAGCUUAUCAAUAAAGAUGAAGUAUUAGAUGAAAAAUGCUUCAGUGUUGAUGAAAUAGUACAACCUGAUCCUCCUGUCGGCCUCAACUGGACUCUACUGAACACCAGCCUGACUGGGAUCCAUGCAGACAUCCAAGUGAGAUGGGAUCCACCGCCAUCAGCCGACGUUCAGAAGGGAUGGAUUACGCUGGAGUAUGAACUGCAGUACAAAGACGUCAAUGAGACGAAAUGGAGGGAGCUGGAGCCCAUGCUCACAACAGUAGUUCCAUUGUACUCGUUGAAGUUGGGAAGAGACUAUGAGAUUCGAGUCCGAUCGAGACAACGUGCUUCUGAAAAAUUUGGGGAGUUCAGUGAAGCCCUUUAUGUGUCUCUUUCUUCAAUUAGCUCAGUUCUGUGUAAUGAAGAAAUCCAGUUUCCAUGGCUCUUGGUUAUCGUCUUUGGAACAUUUGGGCUGAUAGUGGUGAUGUUCUUAAUUCUGUUCUCUAAACACCGAAGGUUAAAAAUGCUGAUUCUUCCUCCAGUUCCAGCUCCAAAGAUUAAAGGGAUUGAUCCAGACCUCUUGAAGAAGGGAAAGCUAGAUGAAGUGAACUCCAUCUUAGCCAGCCACGACAGCUACAAGCCACAGCUGUAUAAUGACGACUCAUGGGUGGAGUUUAUCGAACUGGAUAUAGAUGACCCCGAUGAGAAGACAGACGGAUUGGACACUGACAGGCUCCUGGGUGACGACCAUUGUAAGUCUCACAACUGUCUUGGAGUGAAAGAUGAUGAUUCUGGACGUGCCAGCUGUUGUGAACCGGAUAUUCCAGAGACUGACUUCAGUGCUAGUGACACAUGUGAUGGCACCUCAGAUAUUGAUCAGUCCAAAAAGAUAAGUGAAAAAGAAGAGGAUCUCUUGUGCCUUGAUCAAAAAGAUAAUGAUGAGUCACAUGCUAGUCCUGCUGACCCAAGUACCCGGAAACCUAAUACUAAUAUUCAGUCAAAGCCGCCUUUUGCUGACAGUAUUGAAUCAACUAGCCCACCUGUCCGUACACAGUUAAGCAACCAGAGUUCAGGAGCAAAUGCUGACUUUUAUGCGCAAGUAAGUGACGUUACUCCAGCAGGAAGUGUUGUACUUUCACCGGGGCAAACAAACAAGACAAGGAGAACACAAUGUGAAGCCUACACAGAACCAGCUAUACAAUGUCAACCAAACUUCGCCAUGGACAAUGCCUAUUUCUGUGAGGCGGAUGUGAAAAAAUGCAUCACUGCAACAUCUCACGAUGCAGUUGAGCCUCAUGUUCAGGAGCAGAGCUUUAACGAGGAUGUUUACUUCACCACCGAGAGCCUUACCACUACUGCUGAGAAUCCAGGUACAGCUGCAGUAGAAGCCUCAAAUUCCGAAAUGCCUGUCCCAGACUAUACCUCCAUUCACAUAGUGCACUCUCCCCAAGGCCUUGUACUCAAUGCUACUGCGCUGCCUGUGCCAGACAAAGAAUUUAUGAUAUCAUGUGGCUACAUGAGCACAGACCAACUGAACAAAAUCAUGCCAUAGCCUUUCUUUGAUAAUGUGCGUACAGUAUGUAUUUAAUGGCAUAGAGUUGGCUUGGGCUUAUAUGCUUAAACCAAAACAAUGUUUUAAACUUUUUUGUGGUUCUUACGCUUUUACCUGAAAUGUCAAAACAUAAAACGUGAAAUCAAAAUAUUCCCAUUGUGUAUUGUAAAUAUUAUCUAUGAAUUGUCUCAAAAGACUGUCUAGUAGCAGUGACUGUCUUGUUAUUGUGGAUGUUGAUUUUUGUGAUACUAAGCAUUGAAUAACUAUGUUUAAUAUACAGUAAAUCAUGCUUUUUGAAAAAGCUAAUGUCAGGUGGUUUUUGAAGUUUGAGAAUUUAAUGCAAAUCAUAUCACGUGCUGAGAUCUUUAUAUCAGUAACUGGGAACUGAAAAUAUAAAAUAGGUGGGAAAGAAAAAGUUGUUUGGAUAAAUACAUUUAUUUUGAAUUAUAUAAAUUAAUAUUUUAAUAUUUUAGACAAAGGCAUGGAUAUUUUAUAUUAUACUACGUAUUGUAGUUUAAAUAUGAUGAUCCAUUUAAGGAAUGUAUUUGCUGCAAUCUGAUAAGAGCUUGUUCCUGCUUCAGUCAUUGUGGGGCGGGGAGGGGAAGAAUUAGUUUUUUACAGAGCCAUUUUUAUACCUCCAAAGAAACAUAUAGAGAAAUUUAAAAUUGUAGGAACUCACAUUAUCUGAUUAUAUUAAUUCUUUACAGCAAGUAUAGAAAAGUAUUAAUAAAUUUAAGUUUUUCAGAAAACUUUACAAUGUACAAUUCAAAUCCAUUCUUCACUGGAUUCUGGUUAAUGCCAAUAAUAAGUUUUAUAUAACAGUAGAAACAACAACAGGUUUUUGUUUACCAAGAUCUUUAAAGACUGACAUUUACACUUUUAUUGAAUGGUUCUCAAGAAUAAGCUCUGGUGACUUGGCAGCUUUAUUUCUUCACAUGGGAACAAAUUCUGAAGUCCUCACUCAGACAAAUCUGCUGUUGAAGUCACUAGUAGCUUUGCCUGAGAAUUGAAUAAAAGCUAAGUAAGGACUUCAGGAUUUGGCCAACAGCGCAUUUUUUAAGCUGAAACAAGCAAAUGAAGUUAACAGAACAAAGGAGUUUGAGUGCAGUAUUGUUCAACAGUGUGUUUUCUUUUUCACAGCCUAACACAGAGAGAGAUAGUGUCUCUCAGCAAUAUUAGGAAGACUUUCAGAAAUCUAUGAAAGAGAAAACCAAAAUUCAGUGGGAUAGCUUUCUUCAUUCUUAUGCAUUUUUAAGAAAGUGAUAAAGCUUUGCAAUGAACCAUUAUUUGCUUCAGAAGUUGCCUUUAUAAGAAACAGUUUCCAUCUUAGCAGAAAUAUUUUUAGAAAGCAAACAUAACAAGGGAUUUUAAUUUCCCUUUUCUUACGUGAAUAGCAAUCUACGGGCCCAAUGAGGCAGACCUUGCUUACAUGAGCACUCCCACUUAAUUCGGUGGGACUCAGCCUUUGACAAAGGGCUGCAGAACUGAACCCUAUGGUUGAAUGGGAUUUAAGUUUAGCAUGUACUUUAUGGUAAAUGUUUAUUAAAUAUUCUCCUAACAGCUAUAUUAUUUAGUUUCAUAUAAAAUUUAAUAAGUGUACGACACUAAUGCGAUUAACAGCUAUGUACGUGUUUGGAAAAAGUUUCUUACUAUAUUUCUAUUGCCAAAAAUAGAAGAUACCUCAAUCAAUCUCAGAAUGUCAUUUUGGUACUUUAGUGGUUACACAAGUCAUUAUACACCAGUAUGAAGAUUUGUGCCUUUCAGUUUCUAUUUAACUUUCUUUAUGUCAGUGUUUUUUCUUUCAAAGUUUAAUAAAUUUAUUUUCUUUGAUCCAUCU